UCUAAUCAGAAUAGUUCCUCCAACUCAACGGUCCAGAUUCCAGAUAAAACCCCCAGACAAAAACACACAAAAGAAACUCUUUCAUUCUUCUCUCCCUUCGCUGCAAAUUCUUCCCAAAUUCUUAACAUCGCGCAUCAAGCAACAUCACUACGCAAAAAUCAUGUGUUACGGUCAGCAACAACCCUUCUCCAGAGACAACCUGACCCCUACGCGCGUCGUCCGAUUGCCGAACGACAACGCGGUUGUGGUCGCAGAUCUGCGCGGCCGCCUGGCUGAGACGGAGGCACGGCUGGCGCGAGCCAGGGCUCGGGAAGCAGAGCUCAGCCGUCGCCUCAAUGAGAUGAAACGAUUCGUUUCGGUCAUGGAGAUCCUCGAAACCUACCUCAAACGUCGCUUCCGCGAGCAGCAAGAAUAUGUAUCUGGCCUCUUCUCUCCCUCUCCCCUGUCAAGUAAAUAAAAAGCCCCAAACCAUCACUAAUUGCCUCCUUUUCUCUUGCGCAUUUUAUCAAACACCUCUUGUUCAUAGUUUUCCCUUU